AUGUCUGUGAGACGGACAAGAUCGGUAUCUAAGUGGAAAGAAGUCCUAGGCUUCGACGAGGGGUUCUACCCCACAUCCGAAACUCCUCCUCCAUAUCAUCGCUAUGAAUCUACCGAAUCCAUCUAUGAAUCAGUAGGAUCCAUAAGUCCUACGGUAUCUUACUACCAUGAGACCCUCGAAGAACUCACUCCCAAAUUCCAUUAUUCCGACGCACCAGAAGUCGUGAACCAUACACCAUAUUACCAUGACGCGCCCGAGGUGGUAGAAACUCCUCUCGAUUAUACCUAUUCAGAUGCUCCGGAAGCAGUGAUACAACCUUCAGAUGCCCCAGAGGCAGUUAUAAAACCUUCAGAUGCUCCGGAAGCAGUUAUACGAUCUCCCACUUCACCUAAUUUUUCACAUACUCCAAUAUCAGCGAUAACGUCACGAUUUAAUACCACUACGCCUUCGACACAUGCACCGAGCCAUAUAGCAACUCAUACUCCAAGCAAUAUAGCAACUCAUACUCCAAUCAAUCCAUCUAAUUCCGGAAUUAGAUUUCCACGAGAUUUAACAUUCACGAGAAAUUCGAUAUGUGAUAUUCUUCUCUCACCAUCAUCACCACCACCAGCAUCCAAUAAUCAAAAACCCCUCCCGUCACCACCGCCACUCUUCUAUAUCACGAUCCAUCAAUCUACAUCGCAAAAUGUUCCAGCCGUACCACCUCCAGGUAACCGCAACAAGCCGGAUAUUGCGCUCCAUUCCAGCGCAUCACCUAAUUCACCCCUGCUCGCUUUCGCAUGCUUCAACACCGUUACCCUCAUAACAGAUAUAACCACGCUCCCACCACCGACACGCCCCAUCUCUCCGCUCACUCCGCCCUCCUCAUCUUCUCUACCCUCAAAAGCCAUUGUGCCACCGCCUACAACCUACAACCUACCUACUUCUCCUGGCGACUCCCUCACAUUUGGCGUGCGAUCCCAAGGAUACAAAACCGAGAGAUUAGUCCCUACAGGCGGAAUAUUCACAGCAGAGCGGUACGCCUUCUACCACACCCUACCCCGAACCUUUGUAAAAGAAAAAUUCGAAUGGCGCCAAGUAUCGUCCUCCUCCUCCGCCCCACAAGUCGGACUCGCCGCCGUCCCCGAAGAAAUGACGAGUAAAAAAGGCGGGGUAAAAAUGAAGCUCAUGCGAUGUUCAACCGGCGAAACCAUUGCCGUAUACGUCGGAGUCGGAAACGAAGACUGGGCUGAUAAAGAGCGGAAAAGACGGCCGAGAAAGGAAAGAGGGAAGGUAUUGGGUAUGAUGCGCUGGUUGGAGUUGGAGAGUGGGAGUGCGGGGUUGGGCGAUGAGUUUGAGUUGAUGGGUGUUAUGAGUGUGCUUGGGGUGAUGGAGAGAUGGAGAAGAGUGAUGAAUGUGCAGAAGCAGUUGGGGAUGUUUACCUCGUGA